ACACUGGGCUGGACCAAUGAUGCGCGAGGCGGAAGGCAGGGGUCAGGGCUGAACUGAUAAACACGAAACUUAUGCUCUACCUCCACCUGAAGCGAAGGGUUUACAUCGGCCCGCGGUUAAUCAGCAGCGUUAGCAUGGCCACAGUGGAUGACCCCCCCGUUUUUCCCUGCUCAGUUUUGGAGGAUGAGUUGAGCUGCAGUAUUUGUCUCAGUCCCUUUGAUUGUCCAGUGACCAUCCCCUGUGGACACAACUUCUGCCAGACCUGCCUCCUCGCCACAUGGGGGGACGACGCGCCGUUCAGCUGCCCACAAUGCCGCACGCACUUCGCAACCAAACCCGAGCUGAAGAAAAACACAGUGCUCAAUAAUGUAGUGGCCACUUUUAAGGUGAGAGCGAGCAACCCCGAGCCUGCUAUGCCAGUGGAGGAUAAAAAGGAGAUAACUACCCCGAUUGUCCCGCUUACACCUGCUGUUAAAUGUGACACGUGCAUGGAGGCGCGGGCUGCCAAAACCUGCCUCACCUGCAUGGCGUCCUAUUGUGAUGCUCACCUGCGCCCCCACUUGGAGAACCCCGUCUUUAGGCUGCACCAGCUGACCGAACCCGUGGGUGAUCUCACGGAAAGGAUCUGCUCAGAGCAUCACAAACUCAUGGAGCUCUUCUGUCGUGAGCACAGCCAACCGAUCUGCAGCUUCUGUCUGCAACAAGCGCACAAGGGGUGUACUUUUGUGUCCCCUGAAGAGCAAAGGAGCAUGAAAGAGACUGAUCUCCGAAGCAAGCUAUCAUUUUUGGAUGGGAAGAUAAUGAAAAAUGCCACUGUUCUUUCUCAAAUGAAGAAUCAGCAAUUUACUCUCAAGGACUCUGCAACCAACCGAAAGAAGGCCAUGUCAAUGGAGUUUCAGCAGAUGCGUGAGAUGUUGACUUUGGCGGAGAACGAGGCUCUGAUGGUGGUGGACCGUGAGCUGGAAACCGGACAAUCCAAACUAGAGGGGCUCAUGAAGAAGUUUAAUGAAAAUGUGGACAGUAUGAGCAAAACCAAAGAGCAGAUCUACACACUGCUGGGACAGUCGCAAACCCAAGCUUUCCUCCAGACUACAGUUAAUAUUCCCCAGGCAGCUAAUUUUGACCCAUACACCCCUCGCAUCAACCUGGACUCUAAAAGGGUUCUGGCCUCUCAGGCUUUUGCCACUGCCUUGAAGGAUUACCUGAGGGAGAUCUUCAGACAGCCUGUGGAGGCCAGAAUUUCCAUGAUUAAACAAGAUGUUGUGGUUGAAGGUAAUCCAUUUGGUGAAAGAACUCCACCAGGACCCUUUUCUGGGUUUUCAGGUCCAGUACCACUACUAGAACCAGGAAUCAAAAAGUUCCCAAGGUCUCACAGCCCAGGCCCUGGUCACACCAAAGUAGCACCAAAGAAGAAGCCACCAAAGCAAAAGUCGUCAGAAGGCAAUUUGGACUCCACUGCAAAAGACAAACCCAAAGUCCGUUCUCCUGUCCCUGAACAAAAGGAGAAGCCCAGCGGACCACAGCCUGCAGAUCACAAUGUCAAUGCUGAGAUACCUCUGAACAUCACAGUUGGUGAAAAAAGAAGUGAACUUCUGAAAUAUGGCACCGUUCUGACUCUGGACCCAAAGACGGCUCACAAGCGCAUCCUCCUGACCGAUAACUUCACCAGAGCUGUAGUGUCCGACGAGCACAUAAACUACCCUGACUGUCCUGAACGCUUCGCCGUCUGCUCCCAAAUCCUCGCCUCAAAGGGCUUCUCUGCGGGACGCCACUACUGGGAAAUCAAGAUGACCAGCAACAACUUCAUAGGCAUCGGUUUGGCUUAUGGCUCCAUUGAUCGUAAGGGGCCCAAUAGUCGCUUGGGCAGAAACAAGCAGUCAUGGUGCGUAGAGUGGUUCAAUGUGAAACUAUCAGCGUGGCAUAACAGCAGUGAGUCCGUGUUGGCUAAUCCUAAUCCCAAACGUGUGGGUGUGCUGUUAGAUUAUGAGGGGGGCACUGCAACAUUUUACACUGUGGCAGACCGGGCCUAUCCCUUCCACACUUUUGUUUUCCCUUUUGCUAAACCAGUGUACCCGGCAUUCUGGAUCUUCUCAAGUGGGUCAUCUGUAAGUUUGUGCAAGCUGUUACCAUAAAAUGCAAAGAUACAGAUGCCUAUCAAUA